AUGGCUGACCCAACGUCUUUUUCUAACUUUGAUCAAUGUUUAGUUUCCCAUAUGUCUUUAGACUGGAGUAUUAACUUUGAUACGAAAAGAAUUGAAGGAAAUGUUACCCUGGCAACUCAAGUAGUAGCAGAUGAUGUGUCGAAAUUGAUCCUUGAUACUCGUGAUAUAGCAGUAACUCGUAUUUUUGAUAAUGACACGGGCAAGGAUUUCAACUACAGCUUUACGGAAAAUAUUCCAGCAUUAGGGACCGCUUUAGAAAUUCAACUAUCUGAAACAAUCAGGUUUGCUAUUACUCACGGAUUUACGCCGAAUAUUUGCAUUGAAUACAAAACUGACCCCAACGCUUCAGCAAUACAGUGGCUCGAUCCUUUGCAAACUUCCGGCAAAAAGCAACCUUACAUGUUUACUCAGUGUCAGGCAAUACAUGCGCGAAGUUUAGUGCCUUGUCAAGAUGUUCCUGGCGUUAAAAUAACCUAUAAAGCAAAACUCAAUGUACCCUCAGGUCUCGUUGCUGUAACAAGUGCUAUUCGCCGAGGAGAUGAGAUCGAUACCAAAGAUCCUACUAGGAAAAUAUUUUUUUCUGAACAAUCGGUUCCGAUUCCAAGUUACCUGAUUGCUUUAGCUGUCGGUGCAUUAGAAAGCAGGAGAAUCGGGCCAAGAUCUCAUGUAUGGUCAGAAAAGGAGACCGUAGACGCUGGUGCUUUCGAAUUUUCAGAGACUGAGACAAUGCUUAAAAUAGCCGAGGACUUACUAGGGCCAUAUUUAUGGGAUCAGUAUGAUUUACUACUUUUACCACCAUCAUUUCCUUAUGGAGGAAUGGAAAACCCUUGCCUUACAUUUGUUACACCAACUUUACUGGCUGGCGAUAAAUCUUUAGCAAAUGUAAUUGCACAUGAAAUCGCUCACAGUUGGACAGGCAAUCUAGUAACUAACGCAUCUUGGGAAGAUUUUUGGCUGAACGAAGGUCAUACAGUAUUUGUAGAACGUAAAAUUGCCGGUCGAAUGUUUGGAGAAAAGAUGAGGCAGUUCGCAGCUAUUGGUACUUCUAUUAAUGUUUAUUAUCAGGUCAAGAGAUACGGAGAUAAUCAUCCAUUCACGGCACUUGUACCUAAAUUAGACAGAAUAGAUCCUGAUGAUGCGUUCUCCAGCGUUCCCUAUGAAAAAGGUUUUGCACUCUUGUAUCACUUAGAGCAAGUUGUCGGAGGUCCAGAGGUGUUCGAACCUUUCCUUAAGAGCUAUAUUCAGCAUUUUAAAUACAAAUCAUUAAAGACUUCGGAAUGGAAAGAUUAUCUAUUCUCUUACUUCAUUGAUAAAGUGAGAGACACUCAAGAUGCUCUCGCGAAAGUCGAUUGGGACGGCUGGAUAAACAAACCCGGAAUGCCUCCUACUACAUUAGAAUAUGACACAUCAUUGGCCGAUGCUUGCACAGAAUUAUGCAAUCGUUGGUUAAAGGCAUCGGAAGAAGAACUGGAAUCCUUUAGUAGUGAUGAUAUUAAAGACUUUUCUUCUCCUCAAGUAAUCGAAUUUCUUUCCAAAUUACUUGUUGAGGCACCGAUUACAGUUAAGAAGGUAAAAGCAAUGGAUAAAGCAUAUUCAAUGGGUACUCGCAUCAAUUCAGAAAUUCGUUUUAGAUGGCUGCGGAUUUGUGUACGAGGUGGUUGGGAGAAUUCCUAUUCUGUAGCUUGUUCAUUCAUAACUGAACAGGGUCGCAUGAAAUUUGUUCGACCAUUAUAUCGGGAUCUGUACAAUAAUGCAGCUUCUCGAGAUCUAGCCAAAUCGACUUUUGGUCAAAAUUGCAAUUUUUAUCAUAAUAUAGCAUCGAAGAUGAUUGCCAGCGAUCUACAAAUGUAA